GCCAUUUCCUACUCCAACAGAUCUUCCUGACUCAAGAUCAAAUCUGUGUCUCCUGUGACUAUGCACUGUUUGUACAUGGGCAUUUAGGAUAUAAUAGACCCUGAAUUGUUGAAUGGAUAAUCAAUGAUUCUUGUUUAGUGCCUUUCUCAAAAAGGAGAGUGUGGGAGAACAAAUUGUCUAAAUCCACAGUUUCGUCCGAUCUUCUUCCAUCAUGCCUGAACCGGCUAAAUCUGCUCCUGCUCCCAAGAAGGGGUCUAAGAAGGCGGUGACCAAGGCGCAGAAGAAGGACGGCAAGAAACGCAAGCGCAGCCGCAAGGAGAGCUACUCCGUGUACGUGUACAAGGUGCUGAAGCAGGUCCACCCGGACACCGGCAUCUCGUCCAAGGCCAUGGGCAUCAUGAACUCCUUCGUCAACGACAUCUUCGAGCGCAUCGCGGGCGAGGCGUCGCGCCUGGCGCAUUACAACAAGCGCUCGACCAUCACAUCCAGGGAGAUCCAGACGGCCGUGCGCCUGCUGCUGCCCGGGGAGCUGGCCAAACACGCGGUGUCCGAGGGCACCAAGGCCGUCACCAAGUACACCAGCGCCAAGUGAGCCGGCCCGCCACGGAGUGAUCGAACCACAUCCAUCACUUCGCGAUCCUGCUGAAGCCAUCAGUGCAAUUAAACUCAUCAGAGUACUCAGAACAACGUCCAC